UCUGGAAAAAUGAUGACACAAUGUUUGAAUUAGACACUGCUGGUUCCGAAGCCGAUCACUCGGCUCAGCUUGCCGGAGAUUGUGUCUAUGGAGGCUCUCAUCACGUGCCAGCAUCCCUCGUCCGAUUUGUACAGCUUCCAUGGGAAAAUCGAGAUUAAGAAUACGAUUCAACAUGGAGUCAGUGGACACUUAACGACCCAUAAUUUAUUGCUCCGUGGGUCCAGAUUGAAAGACACUGACUACAUCGUCGGCUGCGCGGUUUACACCGGCCACGACAGCAAAUUGUCUCUCAAUUCGAAGAUCAGAAGCACGAAAUUCUCCACAGUCGAGAAGUCUAUUAAUAAACAGAUUUUAUUAUUCAUCACGAUAUUAACGUUCGAAGUGAUAUUCUCCUGCAUUAUGAAGAAUGUGUUUCAAUCGACGUACAAAUUGCCAUACCUCGGCCCUGAAGAGUCCAUCAACGUAGGCUCGGUGAUCUUAGACUUUCUCAACUUCACCGUUCUGUACAAUUACACCGUGCCCAUAUCAUUGUACGUUACCAUAGGUAAAAGCAUUUCUAUACUAAUGAAUAAAUUAUCUUUACAAUUAAUAGACUGCAGAUUUUCUACAUAAAAGUGCAG